AUGCCCGGUUUCUCAGAUUCGUUCUGGACCCCCGACUAUGCCAGCGGGCUGGGAGUGCUGUACGGGAAACUGCAGCAGGGAGUGGUGGAGAACAGGCAGAUCCUUACCAUUGCCUCCAUGCGUGCAGAUGCGGAAGAGAUUUAUGGACUCCGCAUGGGAGAUAUUGCCCCGAGCGUGGAUCGGAUGACAGCGGUGGGAUUCGGCAAGGACGAUGGUGCAAGUGUCAGGAAGGCUUAUGAAGGAAUCCGUACCGAGAUGGUCGAGGCAUCUAGAAACCACCAGAAGAUCUCCAACAACAUCCGUGAAUUGGUGGUGGCUCCCUUUCGGCGCUGGGGCGACCAGCAUGAGAUGCGUGUCCAGUACUCGCAUGAUCUCCUCCAGACCCGCAUCAAAGAACACACCAAGCAAGCUGAAUUGGUCCGCAAGCUGCGCAGUACUUAUUUCAACAAGUGCCGUGUCGUAGAGGACCUGGAGGAGGAGAACAAACUUGCCUUCCAGGACCCCGAGUCAAGCCCGAAGGUCAAGCCUACACCGAAGAUUGUUCUUCCUGCUGAGGAGGACCCGGAUGAGGAUCCCAUCGAGCUGGGCGAGCGGCUCGGAGAGGCAAAGGUUCCUAUCAUCGGUACCUACCUGAACGUUUCUACCGGUGCGGAUAUUGCACAAUACAUUCAGAAAUAUAUGGAAGCCGAGAAUCUCGCUCAAGUGGAGAGGAUCGGCCAGGACAUGGUAGACAACGGUCUUCUCCGCCUGGUUGGCAAUAUGGGCAACGUCUUCGCCAACAGCUCCAAGAUGAACUACCAAUGGCGCUCCAAAGUUUUCCAGAUCACUGGCAUCCCCGAGAAGAAGAAGCCUCUCAUGCGUGUUACCUCGGUGGCAUCCAGUGAGGAUGGCAGCGGUAACGAAUCUCCUAUUGCGUCUGUCUCCGAAAUACUGUCUGGCUGGAAUCCUCUCAACAACCCUUACCCGAACGAAACACCAUCAGAGAAGCUCCGGAGAGAGGCAAUGGAAGCGGAUGAACGGUACAAGGUUGCAGUGCGCAAGCUUGACCAAAUUCGCUGCCGUCUGGAAGAAGAAGUUAUCACCCAGCUCAAGUACAUGGAGCAGUGCGAGCUAGACCGCCUCAAGGCCAUCAAGGCUGUUGUUCUUGACUUCUCUGGCGCGAUCAGUAACGUCAUUCCCAACUUGCAGAGCACGGUGGACCAUAUGAUGUUGUACCAGGAGACAAUUCAACCUCUUGGUGACUUGAGAUAUCUGCUUGAGAAUUACCGCACUGGUGGAUUUGUGCCAAGGAUUCAAGCAUACGAAAACUACUACGGCUCCGUUGAAGAACAAAAUUUCGGUGUCGAUCUGGAGGCCAGAGCCCGUGUUGACCGCAAACGUGUGCCAAUUUUGAUUACCACCAUUCUAACCUACCUCGAUAACCGCUACCCUGAACUCGAAGGUGACGAGACACGGCGAAUGAUCUGGCUCACCGAAGUCGAUCUAAGCCGCACCCAUAAGCUUCGUUACGUUUUGAACAACAGCAAGGCCGACUAUAACGAGUUGUUGCCUCAGUUUGAAAUUCCCGUUAUUGCAAGCGUUCUGAGAUUGUACCUGCUUGAGUUGCCAGACUCCCUUGUUUCUUCGCAAGUUUACGAAAUCAUCAAGACAAUUUACUCCACAACUGCCCACGAGACUACCGAAGAAGGACGGAUCAAGGUUCUGCAGAGCACCCUUGGACAACUCCGUCUCGUGAAUAUCGCUACGCUUGAUGCAAUUAUGACCCACUUCACACGCCUGAUUGAUUUGACCUCGGCCGACGAAGAAUACAUCACUUCGCUGGCGCAGGCCUUCUCCCCUUGUAUUCUCCGCCCUCGCUUCGAGAGCAGUUUGACCAUGAACGAGCGUCACAGCUACCGACUGAUCCGCGACCUGUUCGCCCAUAAGGAUGCCAUAUUUGGUGAGCUCAAGCGCCAAUCGAGUGCACUCGGGCUUAAUAACUCCACCCAACAAUCUCGCGCGCGAUCCAUCAGCACGGACGAGAGCAACCGACGUGCGGCGAUGGAGGCACGCCAGCGAGCUAUUGUCAACCGCAGCCGUGCUACCAGCCCUGCCGCCCGAACAAGGCAUCGACGUGACCGCUCUAGUGGCGCAUCCGAGAUGGGCCGGUUCCCAAUCAAUGUCAACACCUCGUCAGACCGCAGAGCUGUUCGCGGCACUAGUCUAGACGUGCCAACCAACGAGUCCGCACCUGCUUCUGCAUCUGUUCACGCCAAUAGCGUGAACCCCCAAGUUGCCGAGCCAACAAACAACGGUGUUUCUACCGACUCCCCUGCCUCAACCGCUGCCAGCAUUAGCGGUCACUCCGGCUCUCCCAGCCCACCUCCGAUUUCCGAUCUGCCCGAAACUGCUUCCGACGGCUCUCCAACUCCCACCCCAACACCCGCCGCCGCAUCCGCCGAGUUUGAGAAGCGCAAUUCCAUGUCUCGCUCUUCGGCUCGAUACAGCGGCCGCAAGCCAGGCCUUGGUAGCCUGUCCAAUUUCCCUACCGGUCAGGCUGUCGGCGCCGCUGGUACGGAUAGCAACCGAAGCAGUAUUGCCGAAAGCGAGCCUAACAGAGUCACUCUGGAAGACAAGCCCAUGGAUGACUAA